GGCAUGCCUCAGUUCAGUUCCCUACUUUAACUAAGUGGGUGCGCUCAGCCUCAGAGAAGUAAUCAGUUUCCUUUUGAUCUUGACAGGAGACGGACGAACCAUGGUAGUCCGAGGAACAACAGCACUUGAAGUGUGGAGUAAACGUGUAACUGCAGGGUAUCCUGGAGUAAGAAUUGUGAAUAUGACAACAUCGUUUAAGGAUGGUUUAGCUUUCUGCGCAAUCAUUCAUCAUUUUCACCCAGAGCUUAUAGAUUUUCACUCCUUGGUUUCUGACAACAUUGAAGAGAACUGCAGGCUUGCAUUUAACAUUGCAGAGAGUAAACUGGGUAUCCCUGCUCUCCUGGAUCCUAUAGAUAUGGCAACCUGUGCUUCUCCAGACCGUAGAUCCAUCCUUCUUUAUUUAUCCGAAUUCUACAGUAAACUUGCAACCAAUAAUCCACCAUCUCCAGCUCAAAACCUAUCCAAGAUCAAUCUCAAUAGUUCAUCCAACCUCAGUUCUUCUCCCACCCGUUCAUUCUCCCUUUCAGCCAAUCAAUCCCCGUCCCUCCCCUCCUCCUACUCCUCCUCCUCCACCACUGCUAUAGAUCAGUCCUCUCUUUAUACCUCCCCAGUGUCUCUGUCCACAGCUGUGAACCAUCCAACUAAAUUAAAUUUGAGCAGUGAACCAAACAAUUCUGGAUUUACAGAUUUCCUGAAACCCCUGGAGUGUCCUAAACCUUGCAACCUGAAGUCUAGGUUAGCCAACCUGGAACUCAGGGAUGAGACCAGACCUCACUCCGUCCUACUUAGUAAAUCUGCUGAGAGAAAAAACUCUGUAGACUCCGGGUUUGAAACGAAUCUAUCCUGCUCCAUUGACUCUUCCUCCUCCUCCUCCCAUGCAUCUCCUAGAGUGUCUCCGAGCUUUAGUUCUUCUACACCUCUCCGUCCUGAGUCCCAGUUUAGAAGAUAUGAUGUUGAACUUCCGGAAAUAUCAAAUUUCCCCGAGUGCAACCUUAAUUCUGAAUACAGAGGGAAGGAAGAGUUUCCGUCCUGCCAGAAUCAAAUUACUGCGAAGAGUUUAAUCACUUCAUCCCUCUCCUCCUCUUCCUUCUCUCUUCUCUCAAACUCAGAUUUCCAUGUUCGUCCUGCAUCCCGUCACGGGCCUAGUCUAAAGUACCGAAGGAGUGAGGGACAACCCUUGAAAAAACUGUUUGGUAGUGAAGAUAGACUUCAUUCCCUUCGGGAUUUUGCCUUGAACAGUGUAAAUAGUGAACCUGAGAAAUCAUCUAAACCCAAUCAUGCAGUUGAACGUAUAUCUGGAGACACGGCCGAAGAGUCAGUCCCGUCCAACUCCUUUAAAUCUGCGUUAAAUAAAUUUAAAUUAAGUGAAUCUUUAUCCAGUCCCCCGGAGCCAAGUAAGGAGCGGAGAAGACAGCUUGAGUGUAAAACAACACAAACAGAUCUCAGUUUACUCGUCUCCAAGGUGUCUCAGCAGGACAAAACCUUGAACUUUGAGAAACAAGGAGAGAAUUUGAAACCAGUAGUUGGGACAAAGCAACCCUUGUGCUCUACCAGCUCCAGGAUACAGCUAAACCCAGUCAUUAAACCUUCAGAUCUUAGACGGUCCAGUUUCUCUUCCAAACCCAAACUGGAGAGUUUAAACCUGCUCAGGGUGGACCGGAGACCAAUAAGAAAUGAAUCUCGUCCUAUGGUUGAACCCAUCUCUCUCCGAUACGAUUUCUCAACAAAGGAGCCGAAAUUGAGGCAGAGAAAUAAUGAAAGCGUCGGACACACCCAAUCCCGACACUCCUAUCAUUCAUCAUCGAACCAGGAUUAUAAAUCUUUUUUCACUAAUUUCGAGGGACAAUCAACUCUAGUGUAGAAUAUCAAUACAGUGUUAUUUCCAAAUAUAUAUUAAGUUAAAUAUCGAUUAUUUCACUAUAAAUAAAGACUAUUUAAAUGA